AUGCGUCUUUGGCAAGUGCUCUGGCUAGUAAGCCAACUUGCUCUUUGCGUUCAAGCCUCUCAUCACGCUCAUGAGAAGUUUCAUGAUAAACGUAGACAUGAGAGUGUCUCUGCUGUAUCUGUAGCAGCUCAUGCAGUGGCAACCGGUGAUUCACAGGCUGUCGAGGGAACCUCAGACGCAGCUGACGCAGUUUCUCGGGCUCUGAAGGUUUUGCAGUACAGAAACAAGCUUCGUCUUGACAAUGUUCAGUAUAGCAACUAUGAGUUGGCCACUGCAUCUGAGUCACGCUCGAAUCCUGAUUCUGCUCCUCUUGACUACAGCCAGAAGAGCGUGGACAGCUCGAUGAAAUCGAACAAUCAAACGGCCCGAAGAUCAUCCGAUACAAAAGAUAAUUAUGGCUACUCAAUCCCUCCUGAGCUCAGAGAAGCCGCUCGGAUCGUCGCCGAGUCAGCGCCCCCAUCUCCAUCAACAGGGAAUCAUAGUGCUGUUGCUGCCUUGAUGCGUGCAAAAUAUGGCACUGGGGUGAAAGACACCUCAGUUCCAUUACAGACCUAUCGAACCUACAAUGGCUUGUCCGAUAUUGUCAUGGAUAAUCAGCAAUCGUUGCUUUCUGGAGAACAGAGUGAAGAUGAAAGGCAUGCAAAGCGAGCAGCCUCAGACUGGUGGAUGGCUACAAUGACCCAAUAA